GGCUGCGGGCGGCGGGCAGCGGGCGAGCGCUCGGGCGGCGUCAUGUCCUCCGAGGUGGCCGCGCGCCGCGACGCCAAGAAGCUGGUGCGCUCCCCCAGCGGCCUGCGCAUGGUGCCUGAGCACCGCGCCUACGGCAGCCCCUUCGGCUUGGAGGAGCCGCCGUGGGUCCCGGACAAGGAGUGCCCGAGGUGCAUGCAGUGUGACACCAAGUUUGAUUUUCUCACCAGGAAGCACCACUGCCGCCGCUGCGGGAAGUGCUUCUGCGACAAGUGCUGCGGCCAGAAGGUGGCGCUGCGGCGCAUGUGCUUCGUGGACCCCGUGCGGCAGUGCGCCGGGUGCGCGCCGGUGUCGCGGCGCGAGGCAGACUUCUACGACCGGCAGCUCAAGCUGCUGCUGAGCGGAGCCACCUUCCUCGUGACUUUCGGGAACUCCGAGAAGCCGGACACGAUGAUCUGCCGUCUUUCCAGCAACCAGAGGUUCCUGCUUCUGGACGGGGACGGGGACGAUCACCGCGAGAUAGAGGUGGCGCGCAUCGCCGCCGUGCAGAUGCUCACGGAGGGCCUUCCUCCCGGAGACACUCUCGCUCACACCAGCCUCCCCGGCAGCCGGCCGGUCGCCGAAGGAGGCAACGCGAGGGCCACAGGCAUGACCCUGCAGUACACGGCCCCGGGGGCGGAGGGGCUGGCGCAGCUGACGCUGACGGCCGGCGAGGACGCCGAGGGCAGCAGGAGGCAGGCGACGGCGUGGCUGGCGGCCAUGCACAAGGCGGCCAAGCUCCUCCACGAGUCUCGGGACCAGUAACUCCACACAGGCUGGACGGUCCGCUUGGGGCAGCAGCACCUGCUCUCGGGCGCACAGGCACGACUAACCCUACCAGUGCUGGAGACACAGCCGAGCGCUCGGAGCCUGCCGAGGGCGGCAUGCACACCGUCGGUUGACG